GCGCGCUGGACGGCCUCGCGACGCUCUCCGAGAGCGGCGCGCGGCCCCCCGGGCGGCCCGCCUGGCAGCCGGACGCCUUCGGGCUCUUCGGCGGCGGCGGGCCGUCUGGCGGCGCUGGCGCGGAGCCCGGGCUGCCGCCAGAGGCGGCGGCCGCGGCGCGCGACCGCGGCUUCCCGUUCGUGGGCCCUCCGCGACCGGCUGCUGCGGGCCGCGGUGCCCCUGGGCCCCGGCGCCUGCCGCGAGCGCUGCCUGGCAGAGCCGGCGUGCUCCGCCUGGGAGGUGUGCGCGCCGUACGACCCGCAGGGCGGCUGCGACGGCUGCUACCUCGUCGGGCCCGGGCCGGCCGUGGCGACGGUGCGCAUCGAGGGAUGGCAUGCCGAGGUGGUGCGGGCAGAGCGGUGAUGAGAAUUGGCGCCUCGAGUGCUCCGCGCCCCCUGG